AUGAACUUCGCCGUCUGCUUCUCGGCCUUCGUGGCGCUUUUCUCCACCUUGUUUGCCGUCCCGGCCAUCACCACUCCUGCUGAGGACAACAAAGGAGCUUUGAAAGAGUUUAUGGUGCUGAAGAACAACGACCGCUUCGUCGCCCGCAGCUACGGUACCUUCUCUCUCCCGAAUGUGUUGCCGCGCAAGCAGGAGGCGGAGCCCGCCAAGGCGACGUGA